GCAACCCCGGAACGCAAGUAAGUAAUUUUUCCGCGCCGCAUUUUGCCCUUGGCGAGAAGGAACCAUCGGCCACGUCCACGUCGCUCGUGCUCUCGGCCCAAAACAUCCCUUUCGGAGCCGUCAUCCGCAUAUCAAGAUGCAGAUCUUUGUGCGCUCUGAGGUCACCCAUGUGGUGGAAAAUGCCGAACAACAAACCGUUGGAGAUGUCCGUUCCUUCAUCUGCCAAGCUGAAGGUCUCCCAGAGACUGAGGUGAGGCUGUAUGCUGCUGGAUCACCCCUUGAGAAUGACAGCUUCCCCCUGGCUAACCUGAACACUGAUGCCAUUGAUGUCAAUGUUGCCCUUAAGGGAGGUAAGGUUCACGGAUCCUUGUCCCGUGCCGGUAAGGUCAAGGGCCAGACCCCCAAGGUUGAGAAGAAAGAAAAGAGGAAGUCAAAGACCGGCCGUGCCAAGCGUAGGAUCCAGUACAACCGCCGUUUCGUCAAUGUUGUGGCAUCCUUCGGCAAGAAGCGAGGACCUAACAGCAACUCAUAAGUUGAUAUGUACCUCUUAAAGAAAUGAAAAAAACAACUUGA